CUUGGCUGGCGGAGCGCUGGGCGCUUGCGUGGACAUCCUCCCUCCCUCUGCUCCCUCUGUCUGUCCAUCUUUCCAUCGGUGUGUUCCGUCAUGAGCGACGAGCCCCAGGCGAAGCGGCUCCGCCGCAAGUCGGUGGCCUACUUCUGCAUGGAGUACGGCCUCCGGCAGGGAUUCUCCAUCUACAGCGGCGGACUCGGCAUCCUCGCGGCGGACAUCGUCAAACAAUCCAGAGAUGUACGCAACGCACACAUACACAGACAACGCAUACGGGGCGGACACACACACACACGCAGACAGACAGACGGACAGACAGACAGACUGACAGAGAUGCAUGUGUGUGUGUGUGUGUGUGUGUGUGUGCGUGUGUGGUGUGGCAUGUUCAGAUGAACCUGCCGCUGUAUGGCAUCGGCAUCUUCUGGAACUCGGGGUCAGUCAGCUGGGAUAGGGAGGGAGGGAGGGAGGGAGAGACGACACACAUAGUCGACGCGAACCAUGCAUGCAUGUUGUUUGUCGGCCUCUCGCUGUCUGCCUGUAUGUGUGUCGACAUACAAUUCGUGUGUCAGUUACGUGUCGCAGUCGAUCGACAAGGAUGGCAACACGAAGGACAGCUACCCCGCCACGGACCGCUCCCAACUCAUCAAGCAGGAGGGCAUCAAAUUCAGCGUCAAGAUCGAGGGCAAGGACAUGCCGCUCUGCGUACACCGAGUCAAGGUAGGUACGUUCUCCUCUCUCUCUCCCCCUCACCACCCCUCUCGCUGGUCAUUAUAUGGAAGGAUGGAUGAACGUGUCUGUGUUAUUGUUGUUGUGUGUCCACUGUGCAGGGUGCUGAGAAUCUGUUGAUGAUCGAGCCCGAGAAGAAGAAGGACCAGAAGAAGUACACGGACAAGCUGUACCAGGGCAGCGACGAGGACCGGGUGGCCCAGGAGAUCAUCCUCGGCGUCGGCGGCGUCAGGGCACUCCGCGCACUCGACAUCAACACAGACAUCUACCACUGUAUAUAUGUGUCUACGCACACACCACACCCACCCACCCACCCACCCACACACACGUGUGUGUCCCCCCUCUGUGUCUGUGUGUGUGUGUGUGUGUGUGUGUCUCAUGGUGUAGUCAAUGAGGGCCACGCAGUGUUUGCGGGCAUAGAGUUGAUUCGCGAGAAGAUGGAGAAGGAGGGGGCGGAGAUGACCUUCGAGCAGGCGUGGGCGGCCACCAAGAACCAGGUUAUCUUCACCACACACACUCCCGUACCCGCCGGCAACGAACAACACCCAUUCGUAAGCAAUAGAGCAGCCAACCAGCACCCACCACACCAUCGACUGACAGACACGCCGACAGUGAAACGCAUCGCAUCGCAUGUGUGUAUGGUAUGCCUUCAUUCAUUGAUUCAUUCAGGCCCGUUUGGAGACGGUCGGGGCGAACCUCAAUCUCGACGCCGACCAGAUGAAGCAGGUGGGGUGGGUCAACAGACAGACAGACAGACAGACAGACAGACAGGACACACAAACGGCUUCCAUCAUGAAUGGCUGUUCCUGCCUGCCUGUGUCUGUGUCUGUCUGUGUGUGUGCGUGUGUGUGUGCAGAUCGGCGACGAGCCGUUUGGCAUGACGAUAGCAGGUCUGCGUCUAAGCUACCUCAGCAACGGAGUCGCACAGCUACACGGAGAAACCGCCAGGGAGUGAGUGAGACGAGAGAGAGAACAGAUGGAUGGACACAUACGCAACCGCGUCACGUGUGUGUCCCGGUGUGUGGUGUGUGUAGGAUGUGGAAGGACGUGAGCGGGUCGUCCGAGAUCAUCGCCAUCACCAACGGCGUCCACUGCGCCUCAUGGAGCGACCCAGAGAUCAUCAGCGCAUGUGGUGCGUCAUCCAGAGGGGCCGGUUCCCUCCCUCCCUCCCUGCGUGUGUGGUGUGUGGAUGUGUGUGUGUUGACAAUGUCUGUCCCCAGAGAGCAACAAUGACUCCAAGCUGUGGGAGGCCCACAUGGCCAACAAGCGGGCACUCAUCAAGGAGGUCGAGGAAAGGACCGGCUCGAAGUAAGCUGUCGACACACUCAGACAGACAGACAGACAGAGAGCCCCAAUCACACCACACACGAGGAUAAGGUGCUGCAUCGUCCAUUCAUUCCCACACACAGGUUGAAGGAGGAUGUGUUUCUGGUUGGCUUCGCUCGCCGCGCGGCCACAUACAAGCGACACAACCUCAUAUUCAAGGACGAGGUGCGUGGGUGGGCAACGCUCACACACAUCCACAGUGCACUCCACUCGGCUGCAUGUGCUGCCUGUGGUGUGUGUGGUGCAUGUGGUGCAUGUGGCUUGGCAUCCAGAGUAGUGUGUUUCCGCUGUUGAAGGAGGGCAAGUUGCAGCUGGUCUUCUCGGGCAAGGCGCACCCACAGGACGAAGGCGGCAAGGAAAUGAUCAAAAAGGGUAAGUACGUGGCCAACCGAGGCUGCUCCUGGGUGCACUGCAGCCAUGUGUUGUGGCAUGUCAUGUGUGCAGUGAGCAAGUACCAGCACGAGUUCCCCGACGCGGUGGUCUACAUGCCCAAUUACGACAUCAAACUAGGUUGGUCGGAGGGUGCCUUGACACACACAUGCCCCGGCACACACACACACACACACACACACAACCAACACAAACACACACACACACGACCACCCAUCCCCUCCCUCUGCUGGCUGGAUGCGUGUGUAUGUCAGGUGCGCUGAUCACGCGCGGCAGCGACGUGUGGCUCAACAACCCGCAGCGACCCAAAGAGGUCAGCAAGCCACACGACUGCCUGCCAAUACUCAUGCACACGUCUGAGCGUCUGUCGUGUGGUCAUCGUUCGCGUCAGGCGUCUGGCACGUCGGGCAUGAAGGCUGCGAUGAACGGUGUGUUGAACCUGAGCAUCCCCGACGGCUGGUGGCCUGAGGGGUGCAAACACGGCGUCAACGGAUGGAAGGCAAGGCAACCAACACACACACCCGCGCACACACACUCAUGCACCAUGCAUGAGCGUGUGUCGUGUGUGUAUAUGCGUGUGUGUAGGUGGGUGACGAUGUGAACCGUGAGGAGGAGGAGGCUUACGAGAAGGACCAUGCCGCACUCAUCAAGGUACCUGUGGACCGUCAUCGAUGCAUGGAUGGGUGCAUGCAUGUGUGUGUGUGUGUGGGUAUGUGUGAGUGUGUGCAGGUGCUGACUGAGGAGGUGAUUCCCGCGUACGGUGACAAGACCAAGUGGAUCAACAUGAUGAAGGCCUCCAUCGAUAUGGCCAAGGUUCGCCGCUCAACCACCCCCCACCCACCCCCACAGACACAGACCAGACACUCCUGCCCACCCCAUUUGUCUCCCUCCCCCACUUGACUAACUUACAGUAUCAGUUUUCUGCCGAGCGGAUGGUACACGAGUACUACGCCAAGAUGUACGACGUCCAACCCUGAUCCGAUCCGCUGGCUGACCAACACAUCACGUGUAAUUCGACAGACACGUGGUUCUGAGUAGACAGACGCGUGAACGAACCAAGUAUGGUGUAGCACAUAACAUACACGCCUAGAUAAAUG